UUCCUAUCGUCGUUCACUGGACAUGCGCAUCCAAACCCACCUGUCAUAAUCGGGCAUGAUCUUCUACCUGCGCUUCAAGUGCCUGGUCUCGACUUAGGCCAGACGGAGGCUUCCCUCGCCCUAAAAUUUGACUCUAUUCCAAUGUCUGCUUGUCCACCGUCUUCUCGCAUCUUUCUUAAGGCUUCUGGUCAGACAAAUACAGCUGGAGCAAUGGCUGCUGCGGCGGCUGCCGAAGAGGCCAGUAUUGCGCUUGUGGAGCCACCAGCACCGGGAAUAAAGUUGGAGGCUAUGCGAAGUUUGAAGAAGCGUCUUCGACGUGCCUUCUGCCAACCUGGAAAUGUACUCUUCAAUCCCUGUCUCGAAAUUUACCGGCUUUUUGUAUUACCAUGCCUUCGCUGGCAGGCUGGACUCAGGCCGGGCGACGUUUCGAAAGAUCUGUAGAAUCACGGUGGUCCUUUAUCCUACGCCAACAUCCAUGAGCUUAGUGAAGCCUUUGUCUCGGGCCAGCUGCAUCCUGGCGACUUGAAGCCGGCUCUCGAGGCAGUACUUACAGACAUACUUGUCCGGCCCUUAAACAUUCAACUCAUGGCUCCUUCAGCGGUCACCCCAACUGUCGUCACAUCUGCUCCACAGUUUCUGUCUUCUCUCAGUGACUUGUUGGAUGAGGCCUAUCCGAUACCAGGAAAGACGACCGAGAAGAAGAAGGUCAAGAAGAUGGGAAAAACGACUUCUGAGAAAAGCCCUGAAGCCACAGGAGACCAGAAAAUCGUAAAAAACUCCAACAUCCGGGACAUAAACGCUUUGGAAAUGCCUUGUGAGAUCCUAUAA